GUUUAUUUAUCCCCGCUCCGCGGCGCUUCGGGCGGCCUGGCCGGGGCGGGGCGGGCGGCCUGGCAGGCGUGGGGUGGAGGGGCGGCGAGGAGUCAGGUGCAGCCGCGGCCCGGAAAGUUUCCUUUUAGGCCCGAAUUGGGGGCUGCCUUCUCUCUGGGGAGCCCCGGUCCUAGCGCCCGGGGCCCCCGAGGGCGUGGGGGAGAGCACUCGGCUGGCUCGAAACUCUUUGCCAGUUCCUGUCCGUUCAAGAUGAGAAAAUUGACCAGAUUUGAGCCCCAUCCCUGAUUCCUCCCAGAGGCAAUGAGUAAUCUCUCCGCUGCAUAAACUACCCUUAACCCUUUCAAAUAAACCAGACAAUCUGCUUCUUCUUGAUUGAUCAGCAUUCCAAACUGUGGUACCCCUGGGCUCUCUUCACAUUGCUGUGGUGCAGAAGAUUUAAAAUCAGCUGAUGUUCACAAGGAAUAGAGUCACGUGAUGUAUGAAGGGAAACAUAUACACUUCUCUGAGGUUGACAAUAAGCCCUUGUGCUCAUAUAGCCCCAAACUGUGCAAGCAGCGGCGACUCAACGGCUACGCUUUCUGUAUCAGACACGUUCUGGAAGACAAGACUGCCCCCUUCAAGCAAUGUGAAUAUGUGGCCAAGUAUAACAGCCAGCGCUGCACCAACCCCAUUCCCAAGUCAGAGGAUCGCAGGUACUGCAACAGCCACUUGCAGGUACUCGGCUUUAUCCCGAAAAAAGAGAGGAAGAAAAAGAAUGACCCGGUAGAUGAGGUGAAGGUCAGGCACCAGAUGGACGCCAUGGCAUUUAGCCUGACGGUACCUACCCUGGCCUUGAAGAUGCCCAAUGGACUGGAUAGCAUGUCCCUCUCUCCACCUGGGGCAAGGGUUCCUCUCCACUACCUGGAAACUGAGUUGGAAGACCCCUUUGCUUUCAAUGAGGAAGACGAUGACCUAAAGAAAGGGGUGACGGUGAGAAAAAAGUUGCAGAGCAAAUUGGCUCAGAACCGGCAACGCCAGAGAGAGACAGAGAUUUUAAAAGUUCGGCAAGAGCACUUUAGCACCCCUCCCACACCUCCACAGCAGCACGCCCACCUGUCACCUCUACCUACUUCUUUAAAACCUCCAGCGCCACCACAGGGCUCAGUCUGCAAGUCACCUCAGCCUCAGAGCACCAGCCUACCAAUGCAGGGAGUGGCCCCCACCACACACUCUAUAGCACAAACAAGGCAGGCCUCUCACAAGAGGCCUCUGCCCCUCCUUCCCUCCAGUCGAGCUCCCGUCUCAGACACCCCCAGGACUGACCGAAUCCUCAUGAAAGCCACCGCCUUCUCUCCACACUUCUCUUGUAUAAGCCGACUGCAGAGACUGGUGAAACUGUGUACCCAAAAGCAUCAGCUGGACGCGGAUCUGUUUCCUCACUUAGGGCUGGACUGGUCUGAGGAGAGCGGAGAGGAGCUGGAGGAUUCAGAUCAGGCUUCACCAUAUCAGGUCGCAUGGUCCGUCCGAGAAACCCUCAGACAGGAAAGACACACGUCAGAUGACGACGAUGCGGAGAGCAGGAGCUCCAGGGUGACCCAACUUUGCACUUACUUUCAGCAGAAAUACAAGCACCUCUGCCGCCUGGAGCGUGCAGAGUCGCGACAAAAGAAAUGCCGGCAUACGUUUAGGAAGGCGCUGCUGCAGGCAGCCAGUAAGGAGCCCGAAUGUACUGGUCAGCUGAUACAAGAACUUCGGAGAGCUGCGUGUAGCCGAGACAGCCUCAGCCAGACCAAGUUGAAGGAGGUGGAGCCAGCAGCUUGCAGUGGAACAGUGAAGGGUGAACAGUGCACAAACCAGGCCCUGCCCUUCACCAGGCAUUGUUUCCAGCACAUCCUCUUGAACCGUUCUCAGCAGCUGUUCUCCAGCUGCACUGCCAAGUUUGCAGACGGACAGCAGUGCUCUGUGCCAGUGUUUGACAUUACACACCAGACGCCCCUGUGCGAAGAACAUGCCAAAAAGAUGGAUAAUUUCCUGAGAGGAGAUAACUCCCGUAAAGUUCAGCACCAGCAACAGAGGAAACCUAGGAAAAAAACAAAGCCCCCUGCACUUACCAAAAAACACAAGAAGAAGAGACGGCGUGGACCUCGUCGACCCCAGAAGCCCAUCCCUCCUGCAGUGCCCCAAGGGAAUCUCAGCAUGCCCACCAGCGUCUCACUGCCAGUGCAGGCCUCCCAGAUCCGAAGCCCUUCCACGCCAGAGCUGAGUGCUGACGAGUUGCCGGAUGACAUUGCCAAUGAGAUCACUGACAUUCCGCACGACUUGGAAUUGAACCAGGAAGACUUUGCAGAUGUCCUGCCGCGGCUGCCGGAUGAUUUACAAGACUUUGAUUUUUUUGAAGGAAAGAAUGGAGACCUCCUCCCGACCACUGAAGAAGCUGAAGAGCUUGAGCGGGCCUUGCAAGCUGUAACUUCUCUCGAGUGCCUGAGUACAAUUGGGGUACUUUCCCAGUCAGACGGUGUGCCAGUCCAGGGCUUGUCAGAUAGAGGGAUGGGGGUGUUCUCCACGGGUACCGAUGCUUCGGGAAUCCAGUCCUUGAGUCGAGAAGUAAACACGGAUCUAGGGGAGCUACUGAACGGACGUAUAGUACACGAUAGCUUUUCUAGUCUAGAGCUGGACGAGAACCUACUCCAUUCUGCUACUCUGUCCAACCCACCUACACCCCUGGCAGGGCAGAUCCAGGGGCAGUUCUCUGCCCCAGCCAGCGUUGGCCUUACUUCUGCCACUCUGCUCAGCCAGAGUGCACUUGGGGAGAGAGCCUUCCCAGGACAGUUUCAUGGACUUCAUGAUGGCAGCCAUGCCUCUCAGAGGCCACAUCCUGCCCAGCUGCUGAGCAAGGCAGACGACCUUAUCACCUCACGACAGCAAUACAGCAGUGAUCAUUCACACUCCUCACCCCAUGGAAGCCAUUAUGAUAGCGAGCACGUGCCGUCGCCCUACAGUGACCAUAUCACCUCUCCCCACACAUCUUACUCUGGUGAUAAUAUGGCAGCUACCUUUUCAGCAGAGAUGCCCAUCAUGGCCCAGCACUUGCUCCCCACCCAGCUUGAGGUGCCACUUGGAGGAGUGGUCAACCCCAGAACUCACUGGGGCAAUCUCCCCGUCAACCUUGGCGAUCCCUCUGCAUUUAGCAACCUCCUUGGCGCGGAUGGACACCUUCUUUCCACUUCCCUCUCCACGCCACCCACCACAUCCAACUCAGAGACCACACAGCCUGCCUUCGCCACCGUUACCCCAAGCAGUUCCAGUGUGCUUCCGGGGUUACCACAGACCAGCUUCAGUGGCAUGGGGCCUUCUGCUGAACUAAUGGCCUCCACCUCUCCCAAGCAGCAACUCCCACAGUUCAGCGCAGCCUUCGGCCACCAGCUGAGUUCUCACAGUGGCAUUCCUAAGGACCUGCAGCCCAGCCACAGCUCCAUAGCCCCUCCUACAGGCUUCACAGUAACAGGUGCCACCGCUACAAGUACCAAUAAUGCAUCUCCCCCCUUCCCCACCCCCAACUGAGCGAGUCUGUGUGCUUGCCGGCAGGUGGAACCCGGUGUUUUCUAUCUUUGUUUCCUCUUUUGCACCCCUCUCUCCUUUUCCUACAGAAGAUUUAAAAAUGACAGUGGGGAUUAGAGGGACGCCCCUUCCCGGUUCAACAGGUGGCCGUGCAGUGGACCUUGCGUCAGUGUUCGCGCGUGCUCCCUAGCACUGGUGCUCAUUCCCUCCUGGCGGUCCGCUCAGCCUGGCGGGUCACUCGGCCUGGCAGGCUUUUUGGUGGCUCAGCACAGUGACUGGGUAGGAUUGAUUAUUUUAUUUUUUAUUUUUAUUUUUAUUUGUUUUUAUUUCAGCAAGUCCUAGAAGUGGAAGAUACCUCAGAUUACCAGUGCCCUUUACUGUCUCCUACUGUUGAGAUAAUGCUUCCCAUUCUCUAGCCAGGUUUUACAUAGGUUGUUCUGGAUGUUCUGUUGAGAUCCUGUGUAGUAGGUGGUGUGCGGACACAAAUCAAAGCUCUGACUUAGCACCAACUGCCAGACACCACAGGGAGGCCAGGAUGCCAUUCCUAAUUAUGAUACAUUAGCUGAAAAGAACAUGGUCUCUUAACUGCCUGUGCCUGCUUGUUCAUUCGUCCUGUGUGUGUGCUGUGCAGUGCAGUAGCUGUCGCUUGUGGCUUGUCUCUCCUCACUCCCAGAAUAAGCAUAGGCCCUUCCCCCUCCUCCUGUCUCAUGCCUUGCAAGAUUCGUCCUUCCUUCCUACUGAGUUGCUAAAGCAUCCUGAACAGAGAGGGGUGGUCUCAGAGUGAUAGCGCCUUGCUAAAAUCAGCCUGUGAGGAAAGGAGCCCAGAGGCGGAGCUCACAUCAGUCAUGGGGAGUGUCGUGACCCCCCACCUCUCUUCUAUCAUGUGCAUUUGUUUCAGAUUCCCCACUCAUGGAACACAUUUGUAAGUAGUAAUGAAAAAAAUGUUUUGGUGUGCAAAAGCAGGCUACACCAGAGAGAUUCGAAAGAUGACAUCUCGGCCUGUUUGGUCCAUCAUUGGCUCCUAGUUUUUACAUGUUUACAGUUGUGAUUCUUUGGUGAGAUUUGUGAACUGUGGAGGACACCUGUAGAACCGUGUACCAGUUGUGAAGUGAUGUGUAAUAUCAGAAGGACACACAUUUUAACAGUUCUGUCAAAGCAGAAUUUGGAAAUUAGACAUAAUUUGACUCACCUUAGGUACUUUUAAAAUAAUUUAAGUAAAAUUGGAAAAUUUUUUUAACGUACCAAGGCUUUAGGGUAAAAAAUCUUGUUGGGUAGUGCAGUAAGUUGGUGACUGUGAAGUGAUGUGAGGGUUUCCUCUUGCCUGCCUUCCCCUCCCAGCGGGGUGGAGCUUCAUUUUCUGCUCUGCUCUGCUCUGCUGAUGGCUCCCUGCCCCUUCAGAUAUCGUCAGGUGUCUACAUCUGAGCUCCACCUGAUUUACAUGCAGACACUCUUAAAAGUGAGGCAGCAUGUCUCUAAAUGACGUGUGUGGUACAGCAAUCCUUUAGUCAGGGACUGUCUGAUCCUAAUUCCUUCCUGCGAGUUUAAGGUUGGGACGUAUUUUCCUACUUCUUAUGUGUGUGUUCCUCGUGCUACUUCUGACCAGGUCUUCCUGUUGAAGGCCUUGCAAAGGAAUGAUGGUGGUUACCAGGCAUUAUGCAGACACCACGUGCCUGAGCUUUGGAGAGAAAGUGUCACAUGACCAGAUGAAAUCAUGAUCUGACCUAUUUUGUAUUUACUGAAGUUGGGGAGGCAAAUAUGUUUGUAAUAUGUUUCCUUUUUUUCCUUAAAAAUAAUGUUAGUUAAUUGGAACAUUUGUUUUUAAUAGCUUUGCCUUUUUUUGCAAAUUGAGAAAAUCCUAAAUUAUAAAUUAUGUCACAAAGCAAAAUUAUAUUUGGUAUCACCAUGAACUUCUCUCCUGAAUUGUGAGAACAGCUUUUUGACUGUUUGAUCUGUGAGCCUAUGUCAGUAGCUUUUUUAUUUUAGUAUGCUGUAAUAGAGUGAGAGUGAGUGGUUACCUCACCUCAAAAGUGUCAUUUCGUUUGUUAGGCUGUUCUCACAUCCCCACUAGAAUCAUUUUAGGUAACUGAAUUCCCAGAAAAUGCAUUUUGUCUCCAGUGUGCAUCGACUGAAGACUGUAGCAGAGCCACAUGGCCGUCUCCUUAUCGGCUCCUCUUUGCCAGGGAGAGGGAAGUCGUGAGUAGUCAAUUUGGACUGCCACUGUCUGUCUGUCUCUGUGUUAGCUGCUGAAACUCGUUUAGUUGUCAAACUGAGUUUGCAGGAGGUUGCACCUUUUAUUGUUUGCAGUUUUCUGUUUAUGUGCAUUUAAAAGCCCUUCUUCGCUUUCGAGUAAGGAGGCUUGAAGUGAUCAGGAAUGUUGCCAGUUACAGCUUCACGCCAAAAAUGUUGAGCAAGCUCCCUUCUGUUCAGAUGCCCAUGAUGGUUGCUGAAGGGAGGGCAGUCUUGGAAAUACUGAUAAUGGACUGAAUAAUUAGCAAAAGCACACUUUCCUUCCGUCUCAGAACGAACAUCCAAGCCUGUAAUUUGCUUUUCUCUUGGUUUUUUUGUGAGCUCCCUGUUAGAGGAAUAUCUGUUUCUAAGCCCAGAGGUGUCCACUUUGUCACCCCUCUAGCUGUUGAAGCAAUUCUAGUCUCUUAGUAGUAGGUGGGUAUUAAUAUGCAAAGAAAGUUCAGCAUCUUUUGUAAUGCUUAUAUGAAAACGUAGCACUUAUGGUAAGGCAAUACUGGAAUCAAAAACAAACCCUGCACAGGCCCUAAUGGGAUAGAAGCUAGUAUUAGUGUAGUGUUGAGUACAUGAGGGACAGUAACAAAGAAGGCUCACUGUGUCUCUGCGGGUUCUGGGACCAUUUAUAAAGGCCAGUUCAUUGUGUUACUGUGACUUAACUUGUGAAGUUGCUGCCGUUGAUGACUGACUAUGUGCUCUGAGAAUAUGAAUGUCAGCAACUGUAAUCUCUGGUACCUGAAGGGAAGAUGGGCUUUCUCUCCUUUAACUGCUAAUGUUAUUUUAGUGAAAGUACUCAAGACAUUGUUUUUUUCUUCUGUAAAAAUGGCUUAGCAAUGUUCAUACCUGGGUAGGUUAUACAGCUAGUGAACAAUUCAGGAUAGUAAAUGACAGUUAGAGGAAGCCCACCAAGUAACAGACUCUGCAAUGGACACAUCUUGUACUUAUCAUCCCAUAGUUGAAAGCAGAGAUUUUCUCUAGUGAGCCUACUGUGUGAGGUAUUCCUGCUUAUAAAUGACAGCAGUUCCCUGUUGGCAGGUAAUGUGAUCUAAUGUCCCUCUGUGAGAAGAUUUUGGUUUGAUGAGAAGCAGAUAGUUAUUAGAGAUGGAGUUGGAAAGUGAUUAUUUUAUAUUGCCAAAUAACUGUUUAUAAGAUGAAUCUUUUAAAGUAAAACCAGACUGUCACCUGAAGGUUAGGGAAUCAUCCCUUCUGAGAGUCACACUAAAAACUCUUCCAAAGUUCAUUCUCAGUCCAUCCAUGCUCCCGGUCCACAUGGCAAAGUCAGUUCUGUGUUUAGGAGGGAGCCAUGUUCAGGCAUCCUGAAUAUUUAGUUUCUUUUACACGAAAGAAUAGCUUUCUGUUGGCUUCUUGCAUUGCUUGUUAUAAAUAAGGCAUUAGAGAUGAGUCACUCACACAGAGGUGAACCCCUUACUGUGUGUUCCUUGACCCUGCCCCGCUGUGCGCUGUGCGCUGGCAUCCUGGUCAGCGGCGGGUGGCGUGUGGGCGUCCUCUUCAGUGCCUGUCUGAAAGCAUUGCCUUCUCUAGUGCAGUUCUCAGCAUGGCUGUGCGUUGUUUCACACUGCAGAGUGGGAGUGAGGAUAUUAACACUCAACUCCUUAAUAGGUUUGGAAUUCAUUAUACUUUUAAAAGUAUUUACUUUUUAGUCUCCUUUUUAGACUUAAAAAGAUUAAGUUCUAUACUUUAUCUGACAUGUGUAGGAUAAUCUAAUAAAUGGUUUGUUGAAUGGUCAACACAACUCUGCAGUAUAAUGAGGAGAUUUAGAAACAUCUUUGAAAGAUAAUUUAAUUGGAGUGAGUGUUCUCUCGUAUUUUUUUUUCUUUACUGCUACCCACAUUGUUCUAUGGAUUCUUCAUGUCAAGAGUACUUCAUGGGAGACAGUCAUUCAUGAAAAGACAUAUUUUUCCCCCUUUCAACAAAUAAAAAAAUAACUGACUUCUUCCCUGAAAUUCAGAAAAAAGAAAAAUGACUUCUUAAUACUUUGGCUUCUUUAGCCUUCCCAUGUUAUUAUAUUUGUGGGACCCAAAAUCACAGUUUAAUUAAAGUAGUAUUUACAUGAGAUCUUUCAAAAUGUUUAUAAUACAAUGCGGUCUCUGAGAAAAGCAGAGGCAGAUGCCUGUUGAGCCUUUCCACUGGCCAGUGAGUGAGUGAGUCAGGAAGGCCUGUGUGGGAUUAGCCCUGCCUCUCGUAAGGCCCAGUGUGUGGAUGCGUGGUUGUGAGUAACUGUAGGAACCUGUGGUUCUUUACUCCAGUGUUUGUGCUUGGCUGGCUUCCCCUCUUGCACUGUGGUGUGAAGCAAGUAGAAGAGAUGUGGCAUUUCAGAGAUUUGUUGUGACUUUAUUUACCCUGUGUUUCUGAGUAUCAGGAAUGUUUUGAGUGCUUUGAAGAGCAGAUCAACAUGGUCUUUGGCUGACCUAAAGCUAGUCUAGAAAGCAGUCUUCUGAGGUGAAAGCUGCUCGACUCUUGAUGGCUGGCGGGCAGCAUGUUUUCUUCUCUUCCUCCCUCCCUCUGCCUUUUGCACGCUCUUCCCCGUGCUGCAGUGUGCGUGUGCCGCACUCGUCUUGGCCCAAGAGUGGUAGGAUUUUCAUUCGUUGGUUCUCAUUGUUCUUAUGUGUUUGUUUGUUUGCUUUUUAAGCUGGGGACCACUGACCUAAGCUCUAUAUGCACCCCAAGUUCCCCAUGGAGAACGCUUCAACAUGCAGGACGGAAGGCACCAGUUACAGCUCAAGGCCACACCGUCGCUUUUCCUUGGGGACUUAGGCUGAUUUGCUUGGAACUGACCCCAGCCUGUGUCAUGUAGUCCAGGCGGCUCCAGCGGGUUAGUGCUGACUCGGGGGAGAGCUUGACACCUGCCGACAGUGUGUGCCUCUGCUCCAAAGGGUUGAAUCAGUUCUUCUCAACGGUGAUAGCUCUUCUCACUGUCUAGUGUUGAGUAUGUCUCAGGGAUUCCUUGCGGAAAUUAGGGCAGUUUUUAAAAUAAGGAAAUAGUUUUAAAGGAAACUAAAGGUGACUCCUCACUGAUGAGAGCUCCAGAAAGAGAAAGCGUUUGGUUUCACAGCCCGUGGUGUCUCGCCGAGGACUUCCUUUCUACUUCAGGCUCUCAUCUCAGCUUCAGCUUACAGAAUCCUUUCCCAUCAUGCACAGCUUUAAAACUUUUAUUUAAAACUUCCUUCCCCAAUGAGCUUUCAGAAUACUUAUUGUAGAUUUUAAGAGAAAAGGUAUAUUAAUUUAUGCUAUUAACAUCACCUCAUAAAUUAUAAGUUUUAUACUAAAGCUGUAUUGAGUGUAAUGAAUUAUGUUGCCUAUGUGUUUUAAUAGCUUAAAAUUAUAUAUGAGCUUCUUUUUAUUUUUAUUUUUAUUUUUUGACAAAACAAACUAGUGACGCACCUUCUUACACUGGAUCUCUGCCGUGUCAAGGUGUAACGCUGUCCUUGCUACCUUGCAGAUACAUAAAGAAAAGGAUAGCCUGGGGCCUCGAAAUGGAGACCACCCUAGACCACUUACUAUUGUGUAUAGAGCUGUUGAGGGUCAUGUUCUCUGCACAUGAUCUGUGGUUUACACUUAAGAUGGCUAGACACUUAGUUACAGGGUAAGUAGAAGCAAAUAGAUCAAGUAAAACGCCCACUACUGUAGCUGGAAUUUGUAAACUUAAGUUUUUAAGACCUCUUAUUUCCUAUGGAUUUAUUCUUUAAUUUACAGUUUAUUCUGUAAGUUGAGAAGUAAAAUAGAGAAAUUAAUAAAUCUAGAUGUUCUCAGUGUCUCAUUCAGGAACGUUUUACCCCUCCUCACUAAGGAAUUCCCACUGUGACUUAAAAAUAGAGGUAAAUUACUUGUGUGCAUGUAUGUGUCUGUGUUUUUACACAAAUGCAAAAAUAUACAUCGGGGGCACGUGUGUGAGAUAUGAAUGUGUGCUUGUGUAAAAAUAGAAAGGUAACCGAAUGUAUUAUAGAAAUAUGAUUUAUUUAGCUGAGGGUAUUAGAGUUAUUUUCCCAUUGUUUCUAUUUUAUAAACAUGCCAUAUUCUUGGCUAUAUUCUGUUCAAAGGCUAGCUCUGAUAUCACGCGCAUUUUCUAUUAACUUAGGCUGUUUUUAAAAGUGACACGAGAAAAGAAGCAGAUUCUAAGACCAGCCUUUUAGUUAUGAGCAUAACGACGAGAGAGCGAGAGCGAGAGCGAGAGAGAGAGAGAGAGAGAAAGAGAGAGAGAGAAACAGACCUAGAUAGGUAACAGCUCAUAUAUCUUUUGAAGUGAUGGGACCAGAGAUUUGUUGAAAUAUUAUGUCUAGUAAAUUUUCUUCAUAUUCCAAGUAAUAAACUAAUAUGUUUUCUUGGUCAAGUUCAGAAAACAUAGGCCUUGAUAAGGAAGCUUUGAAGGGGCUGCUUGUUGAAGGAGUUGGUGGGCUCAUCUCCCCAUAUAUACUUCAAAGCUGGUAUGAUUUCAGUUGUUUGCAAAAUAUUUUUUGAAACGAAAUUGUGCCAUUGGUUGUGGAGUAGAGCAUCCCAGCUCUGUCCUCUGGCUGUGGGAAAAUCAUGCUUACCUGACUAUGUGGAACUAAAAAGACAGACACAUUCCUGUGUCCUGGGAGCUUUGUCAUUCUCUGUGUGGUCCUUCCUGGAACACCUGGUGAUCUGAGACGGUCAACAAGGGCCAAGUGCUCCAUCACACUUACUUUAAUAUGAAGGCGCUGUACUUAGAAAUGCCAGGGCAACUCCCAGGAACACACUUGAAUUGGUAGUUGUCUUUGGGGCCUCAGUUACUUCAUCUUAGAUCCAGACAAAACCCAGGCAAGCUCUCCAUGUUGUUUUUCACACUUGUGUUUUUGUAGCAUCUCCCUGUUUCAUUCACUCUUGCUUUCAGAUUUUAAGAAACCUGCAUAUUUCUUGUACAUAUGCAUGCAAGCGAAAGAAGGGAGUUUGUACUGAUGCCAUUUCUCCCUUCAGUUGCUGGUUAAUGGAAUUUGCUAGAAUCAAUUCCCCCUUAUUGAAGGGUGAAAACAGACCCUUUGUGUAUAUCUGUACAGAGAUGUGUAUAUGGGAUGUGGUGGCACUUUGCUGAAUGUGAACUUGCCUUGUCAAUGGAAAGAUUGAAAAAGUAUUAUGUUUAUUUAUACAUUUGUAUAAAUCUAUAUAUACACGUAUGUAUAUGUGUGUGUAUAGAUAAAGCUAUAUACAUAUAUUUCCCUAAAAUGUGUGUGUGUAAUAGAUUAACAGCCCUUGCUAAGCAAGAUUAUGCAUCUGUGGGAAUUCUGGGUUAUUCUGCCAGCCAGUGGAAAUGGCCACAGUGUAGAGCACAUCACCAAGCAUGCUGACGUGGGAACCCUUUGGAUUACAGUCACGAUUACAGAUUAGUGCUCACAAACCAAUCUUUGAACUCUUCUUUCUCAGAUUUCUGCUAGCUAUUCUCUCAUUACUUAACAAUCACACAUCUUUGCCAAGUUGUCUGUUGUCCAAGUGCUGGAGAUUGGCUCCUGAGGUGGCCCUGUGCUGGGCAUGUGAGAAGCCACGUCCUUGGGAUGAUUUAGCUCUCUCACUAGACACCUGGGCAUGAAUGUGUCAGCUGUCACUCAGGCCUUACCAACGACACUUCCCCACGGUAUACAGCUUUCAAUUAUGUUUUCUCUGAGAAUUGGGUAGUCAUCAAAAAUAAAAAGCCAAUGUUCAAAAACUUAAUUCUCAAUUUCUUAACCUAGGUAACUUUGGAGUAUUUUAUUUACAUUGAAAAAUGUAAUUAUGACUUUAUGAUUGAUAUUAGUGUUAGGUGUAUUUCCACACUUAUCAUUUAAAGAGUUUGAUUUGCUUUGUGUUUUAAAUAUAACCAUUUACCACUUGAAUUUUAACAAAGUACACAGAGUCACAUGGAAGCCUCUUGAAUUCUAUAACUGACUCUUGUUUCUCAUGAUGAAAUGCUCUAAUGAGUUCUUGUGUAAUAAUUCUGCUAGAUUUCCUUUUGACUUCUCUCACAGUUGUGACAUUCAGUUUUAACUCUGCUGCAGCUCUCUAGAAAACUUGCACCCUUCUAUAUCGUGCCUUUAAAGCUCUUAUGCACACACAGAAGUGUAUAUAUACAUGUUGGCGCAUGUGUACAUACACUUUGGUAUAUACUCACACAGUAUGUCUCCAGGAUAUAUUGUGGGAGUGGACAUAGAGAUAUUCAAAGGCAAUGAAAUGUUGCUCUCUAGAUAUAUAUGUAUAUAAAUAGUGUUGAUAUAACUGUACAUACACGUGUAUAUGUAUGAGUUCUAAAUGGCAAUCUUUUACAUUUAGCAAAAUGCUGCCCUACUGGAAUAUUGCCACUGCAAUGGCACUUGUAUGUAAUGAUUUAAAAGACAUUAUCAAAAAUUAUUUAAAGAACAUUAAAGGUCUCAUCUAAAGACAGCCACACACUAUUUAUUUAGCUUCCUAUUCCUGUGAUUGUUGUGUUUGUAUAACUGUAAGGGAGACUGUCAUUUUAAACUCACCACCUGUGUAGGAGAGAUGAGAUUCACUCGGGGUACUUUGUAUCCCCUCUCUCUGAAACAGUGAUGUGUCACAGUCCAGCUUGUUUAUCUCAGUUUUAAAGCAGUCCUAGUACUGCCAUUGGUGUGUGUCACCCACCAUGUCCUCGAUCAACUUACUUCACCAAUUUGCCUCUUCCUUUCAUUAAUAAAUAAUGAUCAUUUCGAUCAGUUUGCCUGGGGGAAAGCUAACUCCUCUCUUGCUUCAGGGAAAUAGAUCAUCUAGCUGUUGUUCUGCCUUGUUCAAAAUUCACCAUAGAAAGAGGGUGGUCCUCAUAACGCUGUCUUAAGCAUAGUUUAUUUUUCAUUUAUUUAAAGAUCUUACUUUUUUUUUUUUUUGAAAGUACUCUUAAGUUGCAUGUCCUUGGCAUAGAUUUCAUUCUUACUGCCCUUCCCCACAGGAUAUUUUUCAUAGUCCAUCAGUUUCCCAUACCAAAUGCAAGAACGUCAGGACAAACUGUCAAUACUGUUGCUGUUCGCGAGGGGCUGGCAGCAGAUCACACCUGGAAUUUAGAGGGAGAGAAGGUAGCCGGAUAAUCCUGAGCCCUGUGAAGUGGAGCGUGGAAUAAGGGUACUUCUAAGGAAACAUUUCAGGGUAGCUCACUGGAAAUUGAUAUCAGAAUCAGCCUUUAACAGCCUGGCAGAGGGAUGGUACUAACUACCCAGCGUGCCCAAGUGUAAACAAACCAAGCUGCAGUGGGAAGUCAAAGGUGGGAGGUAGCCAUUGGAAACCAGGAACAAAGUAACUGCACGGUAGCAAGGACUAGCAGUCUGUUCUCAUCCACCUUGGCACACCGAAUGCUCCAUACGCCAUACAUUCAGGACAUAGGCAGGAGGACAGCUGCUUAAAGGGGACUUACAAACCAAGCACCUUCUCUUGUGUCUGUGUCAUGGCUGCCACUCAGUUCCAGGCAUGUACACCGGGAGCAACUAGUUUCUGCAGAAUACAAGAGGAGGCUGGCAGGCUUUGGAAAGGCCUUUCCAUGGCGUUGCCUGUGAUUUCAGUGGGGAGGACACAUUUGGGGAGAUGGCUGGGCUUUUGGUUUGUGAUUUCCCUUUAAACAGGAAGAGAUGGUUCACACUUUCCAUAUAUAUAUCUCAAUGAAUGUACUGUAUUACUGUUUUAAAAAUUUGAUGAAAUAAUAAUGGAUUGGUCUCCUUUUGUUAUCUGGUCCUUGUUUAAUUUGUUUAAGGGUUUUUGUAUACAAAAGUUUACAUUUUUAUGUAUAUUUUUCUUGUGUAAAAACUGAUGUAAUAUGUGUAUAAAACACUUGUAUGUAUUAUCUGUAUAUAGUGUGACAAAAUGAUUUUUCUUUCUUUCUUUUGGUUGUAUUAAUAAAUCUUGCUGUGAAGUAA